AUGUCAGAGUCGCAACCUGAGGAUAACCGCCCAGCAUGGGCACGCAUCUCAUUUCCAUCAGGUUGGAACAGCGAACGGUUUUUAAAUCUCACUGUUCAAGAUUUUAGCCAAGUCUCAGAAGAUGAACGCAAACAUUUAAAAGAUAGAAUUCGAAGAUUUCCCUUCUCACAAGAAUACACUAAGUUGAGUGAUCUUAAUAAAGCUCUCCAAGAAGCCAAUGAGCGACCUCCUACACCCCCGUCAUAUAUACCGCCUGGAUUGACUGUGAACCAAGCACGAGGUCUUAGUUUGGACUUCGUCACGAAAUUAUCCGAAGAUGAACAACGACUAUGGGCUGCAGGAAAGACGGCCGAUAGCAUUCGGGGAGCACACAAACAGGGAAAAUUGCCUACUGAGCCUCCAUCGUAUAUACCGACAGGUUGGUCCGACGAACAGGCGAUAUUCCCCACCUUCGAAAUGUUAUCGCAGCUCUCGAACCAGGACCUCACAAAAUAUAUGGAAGCUCGAAACCAGGCAAAUAUGAAAUUGUCGCCUCACAUAGCUUCCCCUCAGGCAGUACAACUAGCUCCAUCGCCACUAGUCCAAACACUUCAACGGGCAGGAUUUCCCCCAUGGGGCUUCGUCAUCGUACGGACUUAUUAUGACUCCGAGAGCCGUUGGGAGAAGUUUCAGGAGAGACUCAGCGCAAUUUGCGACAAACAGCUUGAUGAGGAGACGGGUGAAGGUCUUGAAAAGGUUAAAGAAGCUCUCGAAUUCAAGACGAUCGAAGACCCGCGGCUCGAAGGCGUGAGUGCUGAAGAGGCUAGAAAGCAUUUUCACAUAGCUAAGUCGAUGGGGGGUGUCGCUGCCGGGUUUGAACUCAGUAUCCUGCUCAUGAUUGACGCAAGGACUGUGGACUUGGUAUUAAGAGAUGAAACCGAAGACCAUCAGACCUCCUAUGUUACGGUAGUCGACGUCACUGACUUCAGUCAAGAGGGAGGCUACCAGGGGCACUUUAAGGUCUCCUUGGACGCGUUGCUUUGCGAAUUUUACACCAAACUCUCUAUGGGGCUUAGUCCAAGAGAUCUCUGGUCUAUGAUGGACGAGGAUGACGGAAUAUGGAUAGGAGAUUAUGAGUGA